AUGCUGUGGUCAUCGUGGAUAUUGAGUCCGGCUCUGGUGGCCAUUGUCGCGCGCGCCAUCCCUUUCGAAGAAUAUAUUCUUGCCCCUCACUCCAGGACUUUGAUUCCCUCUACGGUGUGUCAAGUGGAGGGAACCGUUGACAACCCGGACGCUCUCACUGAUUCAACGUUGGAUCAGACCACUCUGCAUGGCAAGUCAUCCGUGACAUAUGAUUUUGGUCGCAACAUUGCCGGUCUUGUCUCUCUGCAUGUCGCUUCGAGCUCCGCAGAAGCAGCCCAAGUUGGAGUCACUUUUACAGAGUCCAAUCUCUGGAUCAGCAGUGAGGCGUGUGAUGCUACCGCUGAUUCCGGCCUUGACUCGCCACUCUGGUUCUCUGUAGGAGGCCCGGGCAUAUAUACUGCGGACAAGAAGCACCAGCGGGGCGCAUUCCGAUAUCUCACCCUCGUCAAUAAUUCUACCGCUACUGUGUCUUUCGAAGCUCUCACCAUCAACUACACGGCUGCUCCGACUCAGGAUCUUCGCGGAUACAAAGGUUACUUUCACAGCAAUGAUGAGCUUAUCAACCGGAUCUGGUAUGCAGGCGCUUAUACCUUGCAGCUCUGUACCAUUGAUCCCACCGCCGGAGACUCUUUGGUCUGGCUAAGUGCCAUCUCUUCCUCUGACAACAUCACCCUUCCGCAAACUGAUCUGUGGUGGAACAAUUAUACUAUCACAAACGGCAGUAGUACUUUGGUUGACGGAGCGAAGCGUGAUCGCUUGGUCUGGCCGGGUGACAUGUCGAUUGCUAUCGGAAGUGCAGCAGUCAGCACUGCAGAUCUGGGAAGUGUUCGAACGGCUCUGGAGUCUUUGUUUGUGCUUCAAAAAGCUGAUGGCCGACUUCCAUAUGCGGGAAGGCCAUUUUUGGACAUAACAAGCUACACGUACCACCUCCACAGUUUGAUUGGCGCCUCGUCCUAUUAUCUAUACACUGGAGACCGAAGCUGGAUCACCCGUUACUGGGGACAAUACAGAAAAGGCCUGCAAUGGGCUCUAUCGAGCGUUGAUGAUUCUGGUCUGGCCAAUAUCACUGCCAGUGCCGACUGGCUACGAUCUGGUAUGGGAGGACAUAACAUUGAGGCCAAUGCGAUUCUCUACUACGUCCUCAAUGAUGCCAUCGCUUUGGCAAUUUCUCUCAACGAUCGCACCAGUGUGGGCAACUGGACCAUCGUCGCAUCGAGAAUCAAAGCGGCUGCCAAUACUCGCCUAUGGGAUGCACAGAAUAAUCUGUACCGUGACAAUGAGACUACGACUCUUCAUCCGCAAGAUGGCAAUGCUUGGGCCGUCAAAGCGAAUCUCACUCUCUCUUCCAAUCAAUCUGCUGCGAUUUCCUCUGCUCUAGCGGCACGCUGGGGAUCUUAUGGGGCACCCGCACCUGAAGCAGGAUCCACGGUAUCUCCCUUCAUCGGCGGAUUCGAACUACAGGCGCAUUAUAUGGCCAAUCAGCCGAACCGAGCCCUUGACCUCCUGCGUCUGCAAUGGGGAUUCAUGCUGGAUGAUCCUCGCAUGACCAAUUCUACUUUCAUUGAAGGCUACUCCACCGAUGGAUCCCUGGUCUAUGCACCUUAUCGGAACGCGCCGCGAGUGUCUCAUGCCCACGGGUGGUCUACGGGUCCCACCUCUGCCCUCACAGACUACACGGCGGGAUUGCGUCUGACCGGCCCCGCUGGCUUGACCUGGUUAUUCAAGCCACAACCUGGUAACCUUACUCGAGUCGAAGCAGGGUUGGAAACACCGUUGGGACUAUUCGCGACACAGUUCCAGAAGUCGGCAGCCGGCACGUUUCAGCAGUUGACGUUGACUACGCCUAAUGGUACCUCGGGGUCGGUGGAGAUUGCGGGUAUCACUGGACAGUUAGUGUCUACCCAGGGACAAGUUAUAAGAUUGAUCAAUGGCAAGGCGAAGGGACUGCAAGGGGGUACCUGGACCCUGAAGAAUCUCUAG